GACCGCUAUAGAUUCUGCUUGAGAGGAAGACAAAAAUAAUUUAUAAUUUAUAGCAACCAAACAAACACCAAAUUCUAGAUGGUUUGCUAUAUAUGUGGUCUAUCCAGAUAUCUGAUAUACAACAAAAUCAAUCAAUAUAUACGCAAAGUAUAUAUAUAUCAAUCACACUCAGUAUAGCUAGCUUUGGUUGCUUGGUCUCUUCUGGCGAUGAGAUAUAGCCCUCAAAGUCCUGUACAUCUCCGAACAAGCCAAAGAGACAUCGCACAUUGCCCUGAACAACUCGGGAAGACGAGUCUUCAAGCUCGCCAACGACUUCUCCCUCACCUGAAGGCACAGCCUCUGGUAUGCCUCUUCCUCUUCCUCCAGCUGCUUCUUAACAGCGUCCACAGUGAACUGCCUCUCAGCAAUCGCCUCCUUUAUGUUGUUCUCGGGCCUCUCCGGGUCCAGCUCCUCUGGAGUUCUCUUCUGCAUGUACUUAUUGUACCAGUCCUC